UGUCUUUUAAGAUUUUUUAACUUACUAAUAAAUAAUUUUAAAAUGAUUGCUGUGCAUGGAGGUGCCGGUUUAUUUAAGGAAGGAAUAGAGCAAUUUUGUGCAACAGCUUUAAAAGAUGAUGGAUUGGGGAAGGCUGGGAAUAACUUGACUGGUUUUUCUGAUGAAAUUGAAGUUGGUAAUCGACUUGCCAAAGCAAUCAUGAAACUAGAAAAAUGUUCAAAAUUCAACUGCGGUUUUGGUUCAAAUUUAACUGACGCGGGAACUGUAGAAUGCGAAGGGGCUUUCAUGUGUUCCGAAAAUUUGGCUUUUGGUGGUGUCACAAAUUGUGCCCAUCCAAUUUAUGCAGCACACAAACUUUCAAUGUCACAUAAAUCCGAUUCAGAAGAGAAUGGCUUGAUAAAACCUAUAGUUUUGGUUGGAAAAGGCGCAAAUCAAUAUUGUGAGGCUUUAAAUGUUGGAAUUGUUUCGAAUGAAAAUUUGAGGACAGAAAGGACUAAAAGAGACAGAAAUUUGGCCAUUAAUAGAGUAUUCAAUAUUGAACAGAACGAAUGUUCCAUGAACGAUGUUUCAAGGCUUGACACAACUGGAGGUGUUUUCAUUGAUGAAAAUGGUUAUUAUGAAGCUGGGGUUUCUAGUGGUGGUAUACUUCUCAAAAAGGAAGGUCGCUUAGGACAUUCUACCCAAUUUGGAGCUGCAAUAUGGGCUGAAAAACGUGAAAAAGCCUCUAUAGCAAUUUCACUUUCUGGGUGUGGUGAGACUUUAAUUAGAACACAUAUGGCUGAAAUAAUUGCAGAAUUUUUCUUUUCAAAGUUUGAUAAUAUUUUUCAAUUUUCAAAAUUUUUUUUUGAAUUUUUAGCGCUUUGGAUGACCUAUUUUUACCAGAAAAAAUAA